UUUCUCACUCAUUCCAACUUCUUUUCGUGCCGUCCCUAUAUUUAUCUCUCAAACACACGAUCAAAUAUCAUAACAUAUAUGCACACAUACACCUCUCCAUACCAAAUUCUUUGUUGUUGUAAAGUCAUUGAGAAGAAAAAAAAAAGGUAAAGGAAAAGGAGAAAAGAUCAAAGAUCAAAAAAAAGCAGAGGAUUCCCAUUGCCUUUGCUUCCUAAAUCUCCAAGCUGCUCACUCUUUUCCUCUUUUACAGAUUCAAACCUCUAACUAACGCGUCACUUUCUCUGAAUUUCUGGCUCUCUCAGUUUGUGCAGAAACAGAUUGGAAUUGGAAAGAACAUCAGAGAGAGAAAUGAGAUCAAAAUUGGAAAUUCCAGUUCAAAUGAGGAAAAUUGUGAUCAUGUCAAUCAAAACAUGUUAUAGAUCAGUUUGUAAUCAUCCAUUCCUUGUGGGUUUGCUUUGUUUCUUGUUAUUUCUGUAUAGAUCUUUUCCUUUUGUAUUUUCCAUUUUGGUCUCUGCAUCCCCUGUUUUGUUCUGCACUGCUGUUCUCCUUGGAACCCUUUUGAGUUUUGGGCAACCCCACAUACCUGAAAUUGAAAAAGAUGAUUACUUUAGCCAUGCCCAUGAUAAUAUUUCAUCUCUUAAGGCUGGGGUUUCUGGGGAUACCAGUGUUGUUGUUGAUAAUAAAAAUGAGAGCUUUGUUGUAGAGAGAUACACAGGAAAAGGGAGGGAUAUAGUAGAGGAGGAGGCUAUUGAGGGUGCUUGCUCUGUGGAAGAUAAAGUUGGUAAAGCUGAAUUUGAUGAUGGUUUUGUUGAUUAUGUGCCAUUGCUUGAUGAUAAUGGUUCGUUGGGAAUUCAGUCAGAGAAGCAAGUAAUCGAGGGAGUUGAUAGAGAGUUUCAUGGUUUGGAGUUGGGAAAGAAGAGGGAAAUAUAUGAGAAGUCGGAGGUUGAAGGUUUGUUAAGCGAGGGGGAAUCUCUUGAGAAUCAGUAUUUUGUGGUUCCAAAUGUGGGUGACGAGAUUCUUGAAUUGGGAGGUGAUAAGACUCAGGAAGAGUUAGUUGAUGCUCAUAAGCGAGGUCAUUUGGACUUAUCUCCUAAUGAUGGUGAUGGUGAUGGUGAUGAUGAUGAUGAUGAUGGUGAUGAUGGAUCUUCGGAUUUAGGGUCUGAUCUAGCGGAGAGUUCAUCGCCAGAUGCUUCAAUGGCUGAUUUCAUGCCAAUGCUUGAUGAGCUCCACCCACUUUUGGAUUUGGAAGCUCCACAACCCAUUCAUACAUCCCAUGAUGAGUCAGAUGUUGCCUCGGAGAGGUCUCAUAAGAAUAAUAAUGUCAGUGUUGAGUCAGAGGAAGAAUUGGAAAAUCAUGGAGAAGUAGAAGAUGGUGUUGAUGAAAACGAAGAUGAGGAGGAAGAAGAAGCACAGGGAGGCAAAGAGGAUGAGAGUAAAUCAGCGAUCAAGUGGACAGAGGAUGAUGAAAAGAAUCUCAUGGAUCUGGGGACUUCAGAGCUUGAGAGGAACCAACGCUUGGAGAAUCUCAUUUCAAGGAGGAGAGCACGGAAAAAUACGAGAUUGGUAGCUGAGAAGAAUUUGAUAGACUUAGAUGGUGCUGAUCUUCCCUUUAAUGUUCCACAUAUUUCGACAGUAAGAAGCAAUCCUUUUGAUCUCCCUUACGAUUCCUAUACCCCACCUGGUUCUGCACCAUCAAGAUUGGUGCCAAGACGAAAUCCUUUUGAUCUUCCUUAUGACCCAAAUGAAGAAAAACCUGAUCUCAAGGGAGACAGUUUUCAACAUGAGUUUAUGACAUUUCACCAGAAAGAUACUCUGUUCUUCCGUAGGCAUGAAAGUUUCAGUUUGGGGCCAUCAGUCUUAGGGAGUCACAGGCAAGAGAGGCAUGAUAUUAGGUUCAGACCCUAUUUUGUACCGGAACAUUUUGCUUCAGAGGGAACAAGCUAUCCCUUAUUCGAGAGACAGUCAAGUGAAAUCAGUGAAUCAAAGUUGAGUUCCAUUCCUGAUACUGAAUCUGUAAUUUCUGCUGCUGAUCAAGAUGACAAGAAGAUUAAUGAAAAAGACUUUGGCCAAGAAACAGAACUCAUAUACAGCAUGGCCCAUGUUUCUGAUCAUGCUGAACGUGGAAGUCAAUCCUCUGAAGAUGUUGAUUCUCUGGAGAUUGAUCCAGUUGAGCAGAGAAACCAUGAUGAGGUUGAGAUUAUAUUAGGACAGGUGGAAAAUCAUUCUGAAAUGGAUCCCAGCUCAGUUGAAACAGGAGGGACAGCUACUCCUCUGGAACUCAAUAUUGAUGAAAUUCAUUUCAAAACAGAACCAGCUGGAGAGGCAUACAGCAGCAGAUCAAGUCUUUCAUCAUUGUCAGAAAUAGAUGAGAAAAUACCUGAUGUGAUAAGAGAAGCAUCGACAAAUUUUGAGCCUAGAAGUGAUGAUAUUGAAGAAUCUGGCAGUUCAAUGCAACCUUCACUGGAGGUGCCAGAUUUCCGCUUUAUGAGUGGGGAGGUAGAUGAAAAUCAACAUGAGCCCGUUUAUGAUUCAAGCCCCCCUGCAGGUGAAAAAAAUAAAAAGAUCCUCUCUUUUUCAUCCAUUUCUUCUGAUUUGCAACUCGAGAUAUCUGAAAUGGGUUCACCUCCAGCAUGCAUUGAAACAACUGUUCCUAUUGCAGAUAAGGAACCUGAAUUGCACAGUGCAAGCAUAGGGAAUGAUGUUCCUAAUCAUGAAGACAUGCAUGCAGCUUCCUCUCAAGCACAUCCAUUGGAUGAAAAGGAACCAAGGUCAAGUGAAUUACAAGAGUUAGGUAAGGAUGAUGUUUUGCAGGUUGAGUCUUCAGGAGUUAACGUAAGUGAUCAAAAUGGAUCUGUGGUGCCUCAAUCUGUGGUUAAGCAUGUUCCUGUUGAUUCAAGUUCAUCUUUGCCUGAUAUUGGAUCAAUAGAGGAGGAGGGUAUGGCGUAUGAGAAAGAAAGUUUGCCUCGUGAACAGGAUCAAGUAAGCUCCUUGAGUGUUGAUUCCGAGAUUCCUGUUGGGUUCCAUCAAGAUGUGCAUGAGAGCUAUGUGGCUUCUGAAAAUUUAAUUUCAUCUAGAAUAGAAAAACAACAGCCUCAGCCGUCAGUGGUGGUUGAGCAUGUGUCAGUGAUUUUGACAGAAACUGAACCUGCUGAGCGACAUGCAAUAGGUAAGGAAGAAACUCUGCAGCUUGAGCAGGAUCAAAUUUACUCAUCAAGUUCAUUAGAUUAUGAAUCUGUAGGGGAAGGCUCUAUGCAUAAAGAUGUAGUCCUUCAGCCUGAACAGGAUCAAGUUCAGUCAUCAAGUUUUGAUGAUGCAGAGAUCCACAUUGGGGGACAGAGAGAUGGGGGUGAGAAGUUGGAUUCAGUGGUUGCUCCUUCCCAACAUAUUCCUUUCAAUUAUUUAUCUUCCUCUGUCUCAGAGGAACAGCCUUCUUUGGCAACCGAGCAAGUAACAGUUUCACGGGCUCUUUCCAAUCAUUCUACUUCAGAAACUGAGUGUGUGAAGGACCAUUCUUCUAAUGAGGAAAUUAUUCAGUUCAAACAGGACAAAGUCCAGUCCUUAAGUCCUGUUUCAGAUAUUGAUGCUGGUCCCCACCAAGAUUUGGAUGUGAAGUUUUCUUUGGGUUGCAGUGCUCAGUAUGUGCCUUCUGAAGAGAAUCCUCAAUCUGAGCUGGAGAAACAUUUACCUUAUUCAGAUAAAUCUAUGGUUGAGGCUUUUGUUGAUCGUGAUGAGUGCAGGGAGUCAUCUAGCAUCCUGGCAAAAUCUAUUGAGGUUGUGAGAAUCAUAGACAAUGGAGAUGUGCCAGAAGUCCAUGAUACUGAGGAUAAAUCUCUGCCAGAUAUGUCUCCCUUGGUUUCUGAUUCCACCCAAAUGCAUAUCCCAGCUGAGAGUCCUGAUUCUAAUUCACACACUGGUGGAGUGGAUUUGAAAGCUGAUAUCCUUGAGGGAAUUGUAAAUGAGGACCAGAUUAAGGUCUCAGAAGACUUCAGCUAUUUGGCAGAAGCUUAUGGUUCUCUCGUUUCCGAGCACAAAAUCAAUGAAGAGGCUGAUGAAAUAAAAGAGAUUGAUGAAGGAUUGUUGUCAGAAUUGGAUACAGUUGGAGACUUUAGUGUCAAAGAAGUUGUUGGUGAAUCCCUCCAUUCUAAGCUGAUACCAGAGGAAACUAACGUUGGGAGUACGGACUUUGAUUUGUUGCCCAAAGAUUCAAAAUCAACUUUGACUGAGCUGGACCCCCCUGUUCUUGAAGCAAGAUCACUUCUAGAUAUUGACUUGGCUUUUAAGCAACUUCGUGAAGGAGUAGAUGUUGAGGAAGUUAUCCUUCCCAGCAUGAUUGAUGAUUGGCUAGUUGUGGAAGAAUCCAAUGAUCUUGUGGAAACAAAUUCGAACUUGAAAGUUGUUGAUGCAAGAUCUCUGGAAGAUAUUGAUAUUGCUCUCAAGCAAGUCUCAGAUGUUAAUCUUCAUGAGCUGCCAGAAGUGUCAAAUUCAAAGGAUCAAUCAGCAUCAGUUGAAACAUAUGAAGUGGGUUCUGCCAAGGAGACUAAAUUAAGUGAUACAGGAUUUGGUGUGGAAGAAACUAGUGCAGUUGCUGCUGAUAAUGAUCAUGUGGAAACAAAUUCAAACUUGAAAGUUGUUGACGCAAAAUCCCUGGAAGAUAUUCAUAUUGCGCUCAAGCAAGUCUCUGAAAUUAAUCUUCGUGAGCUGCCUGAGGUCUCAGAUUCAAAGGAUCAAUCGGCAUCUGUAGAAACAUUUGAAGUGGGUUCUGCCAAGGAGAUUGAAUCAAGCGAUGUAGGAUCUGGUGUUGAAGAAAUUAGUGCAGUUGCUGCUGAUAAACUAGAACUUGGAUCUGAUGAAACCCCUCAGAAUUCCAGUUCGAACAUACACAAUAUAUUGAAUACAAAAAAAUGAGGCCAAAUCUCAUAGAUCAAGAUCAAGUUCCGAUUCCAGCUCUAGCUCGAGCAAUUCUGAUUGAAAAUGAGGAUUUAAGAAGAGAAAGACAAGGAAAGAGUUUUGUGGUUUUCCUCAUGGUUUCCUUUUGUGAUAAUGGACUUUUGAUUGUGUAGCUUGGUACCAUCCUGGUUUGGUUAGUCGUAGUUGCGUUCUCUGUUUUUAUAUUUUGUUGAUGCAUUGCUUUCUUCAAGAAUGAGUUUUGGCUUGAGUGUUCUUGAAGUGUGAAGUCCUACCUUCUGAGAUUGAGUAGUUUGAGGCUUAUUGUGAGGGAGAUUGUUUUAAGAAUUGCAUACUGUAAAUUAUUUUUUGGAUGUAAAAUUAAUGAUGUGAUGGUUUUUAGAUA